AUGCGAGAGGAGCUUGCCCGGAACGGAAACAAAGCCGAUCUUGUCGCUCGGCUGCAGGAGGACGAUAAGAAGAAGGCGGGCACCGAAGCGCAGACAGCUGAGGAUGAAAUCGACUACUCGGAUGACGAUGUAGCCAUCACCACCAAGAACCCCGAGCCUGCCGCCGAACCUGAGAAGCCGGAGGCUGCGCAAGCUGAUGCGCCUGCCGAGACCGAAAAGGGGACCGAGGCUCCUAGUACCGAAGGCGCGACUGCCGAGGGUGCCAAUGGCGAAGCUGCGAGUGCCGAUGAUGCCGCCGUCGAGAACUUCGCCCUCAAUCUCCCUCCUACUUUGGCCGAAGACGAGGUCAAGAAGCGCGCCGAUCGGGCCAAGCGAUUCGGUCUGGUUGAUGAUGAUGACGAGCGCAAGAAGUCAGACCGCGCGAAGAGGUUCGGGAUUGACAACUCUACUCUUGCCAAGUCGCUCGACUCCGCCCUUCCUGAUCGCCCCUCAAGCGCGGUCGCGCUCGUGAAGAUGACGGAGGUGAUGGCAACAAGAGACAAGGCAACAACCCUAGCAACGGCAACCGUCGGGGCGACAGGCGUCAUGGACGCGGUCGUGGCGGCCGAAACAACAACCGUGGGGACAACAACCGUGGGGGCAACGGUGGCGGACGUUCCCAGGGUGCCUCUAUCCUCACUGAUCCAUCGGAGAAGGCCAAGGCGGAGGCUCGUGCGAAGAGGUUCGGGUCGGGCUAAACCAUACGACCCCAGGCCCUUUCUCGAGGUGACCAUUGCGCACCCGUUGGGCUCGGAUUGA